CAAGGAGGAGGUAAGAUGGCUGCCGCCUCCGCCGCUGCCGGGCGUAAGUGAAGAGCCCUUGGAGCUGCCCCCGCCCGCGGAUCGGAGCCAGCCGCCGCCUCGGCAGAAUCUCCCGGGACCCGAGAGGCCGCCCGCGGGGGCCGAGUCCCGCCGGCUAAGGGGUAUAUACUGUUAUAGAAGUACUUGAAGUACUAUCUAAAAAUGGCAAGUCUCAUGACUCAGAGUCUUGUGACCUAUGUAGAAGAGGAAAAUGUUCCUGCUCUAAAAGCACUUCUUGAGACGUGCAAAGAUGUGGAUGAAAGAAAUGAGAAUGGUCAGACUCCAUUGAUGUUGGCUGCUGAGCAAGGCAAUUUAGAAAUUGUCCAAGAAUUGCUCAGGAAAGGAGCUAACUGUAACCUGGAAGAUGCAGAUAACUGGACAGCUCUUAUUUCGGCAGCUAAAGAAGGUUAUGUAGACAUUGUAGCAGAGCUACUUAACUGUAAUGUAAAUUUGGAGCACCGGGAUAUGGGAGGGUGGACAGCCCUAAUGUGGGCAUCAUAUAAAGGUUGUACUAAAGUAGCUGAGCUGCUUCUUGAGAAAGGAGCAAACCCAAACGUCACUGGGCAGCAAUAUAGCAUUUAUCCAAUCAUUUGGGCAGCAGGACGUGGCCACUCAGAUAUCGUACAUCUCUUACUGCAACAUGGAGCUAAAGUCAACUGCUCUGAUAAAUAUGGAACCACAGCAUUGAUUUGGGCUGCUAGGAAGGGUCAUUUGGAAUGUGUGAAAUACUUGCUGCAGAUGGGCGCUGAUGUUGAUCAAGAAGGGGCUAACUCUAUGACUGCACUUAUUGUAGCAGUAAAAGGUGGUUACACUGACUCAGUAAAGGAAAUUCUGAAAAGGAACCCAAAUGUAAAUUUAACAGAUAAAGACGGAAAUACAGCGUUGAUGAUUGCAUCAAAGGAAGGGCAUACUGAAAUUGUGCAGGAUCUACUUGAUGCAGGAACUUAUGUGAACAUUCCUGAUAGGAGCGGAGACACUGUGUUGAUAGGGGCUGUUAGAGGAGGUCAUGUUGAAAUUGUGAGGGCCCUGCUACAUAAAUAUGCUGACAUAGACAUUAGAGGUCAGGAUAGCAAAACUGCUUUAUAUUGGGCUGUUGAGAAAGGAAAUGCUACAAUGGUGAGAGAUAUCUUGCAGUGCAAUCCUGAUACUGAAAUGUGUACAAAGGAUGGAGAAACACCUCUUAUAAAAGCAACCAAGAUGAGAAAUAUUGAUAUAGUAGAGCUUCUGCUGGAUAAAGGAGCUAAGGUUUCUGCUAUUGAUAAGAAAGGAGAUACUCCACUUCAUAUUGCCAUUCGUGGAAGAAGCCGUAAACUUGCAGAACUGCUUUUAAGAAAUCCAAAAGAUGGCAGACUGCUUUACAGACCCAACAAAGCAGGAGAGACACCUUAUAACAUUGACUGUAACCACCAGAAAAGUAUUUUAACUCAGAUAUUUGGUGCCAGGCAUUUGUCUCCUACUGAAACUGAUGGAGACAUGCUGGGUUAUGAUCUCUAUAGCAGUGCCUUGGCUGAUAUUCUCAGUGAGCCAACCAUGCAGCCACCUAUCUGUGUAGGGCUGUAUGCCCAAUGGGGAAGUGGGAAAUCUUUUUUGCUCAAAAAACUGGAAGAUGAAAUGAAAACUUUUGCAGGACAGCAGAUUGAACCUCUGUUCCAGUUCUCUUGGCUUAUUGUAUUCCUUACGCUCUUGCUGUGUGGAGGGCUGGGUUUAUUGCUUGCUUUCACAGUGGACACAAUGCUCGGAAUAGCUGUGGCACUGAGCUUAUUAGCAGUUCUAUACAUAUGCUUUACUGUGAUUUACUUUGGUGGCCGAAGAGAAGGAGAAAGCUGGAACUGGGCCUGGGUAUUAAGUACAAGGUUGGCAAGACAUAUGGGGUACUUGGAGCUGCUUCUCAAACUGAUGUUUGUGAACCCACCAGAAUUACCAGAGCAAACCACUAAAGCUUUACCUGUCAGAUUUCUAUUUACUGAUUACAAUAGACUGUCCAGUGUAGGUGGUGAAACGUCAAUGGCUGAGAUGAUUGCUACCCUUUCUGAUGCAUGUGAAAGGGAGUUUGGUUUCUUAGCAACAAGACUUUUUCGAGUGUUCAAGACAGAAGAUACACAAGGUAAAAAGAAGUGGAAGAAAACCUGCUGUCUCCCAUCCUUUGUUAUCUUCCUCUUCAUACUUGGUUGCAUUAUUGCUGGGAUCACACUGCUGGUCAUUUUUAAUGUAGAUCCAAAGAACAUGACGGUGAAUGCUAUUCUGAUAUCAGUUGCAUGUGUUGUUGGUUUGGCCUUUAUCUUGAACUGUCGUACAUGGUGGCAAGUGUUGGACUCAGUCUUAAAUUCCCAGAGAAAACGUCUUCAUAAUGCUGCUUCCAAGCUCCACAAACUGAAAAGUGAAGGGUUCAUGAAGGUUCUGAAGUGUGAAGUGGAACUGAUGGCCAAAAUGGCAAAAACUAUUGAUAGCUUCACUCAGAAUCAGACAAGACUUGUCGUAAUUAUUGAUGGAUUGGAUGCUUGUGAACAAGACAAAGUUCUACAGAUGCUUGACACAGUACGAGUCCUGUUUUCAAAAGGCCCAUUUAUUGCCAUUUUUGCAAGUGACCCACAUAUUAUUAUAAAGGCAAUUAACCAGAACCUCAAUAGUGUGUUACGCGAUUCGAACAUAAAUGGACACGAUUACAUGAGAAAUAUAGUCCAUUUGCCUGUCUUUCUUAAUAGUCGUGGGCUCAGUAGUGCAAAAAAGCUGAUGGUAGCUUCAACUACCAAUGGAGAUAUUCCAUAUACAGAUACUUCAGGAAUACAUGAAGAAGUUGACAGAAGAGUUUCUCAGAAUAGCCUUGGAGAGAUGACCAAACUUGGCAGCAAAACUGCUCUUAAUAGACGGGAUACUUACCGAAGACGACAGAUGCAGCGGACUAUUACACGCCAGAUGUCUUUUGAUCUGACCAAGCUUCUGGUUACAGAGGACUGGUUCAGUGAUAUCAGUCCUCAGACCAUGAGAAGAUUACUCAAUAUUGUUUCUGUGACAGGACGUUUAUUGAGAGCUAAUCAGAUCACUUUCAAUUGGGAUAGACUGGCUAGCUGGAUCAACCUUACAGAGCAGUGGCCAUACAGGACAUCCUGGCUCAUAUUGCAUCUGGAAGAGACUGAAGGUGUUCCAGAUCAGCUUACUUUAAAAACCAUCUACGAGAGAAUUUCAAAGAAUAUUCCAACAACUAAAGAUGUUGAACCUCUGCUUGAAAUUGAUGGGGACAUACGGAAUUUUGAAGUAUUUUUAUCUUCACGGACACCAGUUCUUAUAGCACGUGAUGUAAAAAUCUUUUUGCCGUGUACUGUAAACUUAGAUCCAAAGCUACGAGAAAUCAUUGCAGAUGUUCGUGCUGCAAGAGAUCAAAUGAAUAUUGGAGGAUUAUCAUAUCCCACAAUGCCCUUACCUGAGGCACCAGCCAGAGCAUCAUCAGUGUUUAGUCAGCCUUCAUCAAUCUGCUCUUCAUCCUCCUUCAAUGGGCCUUUCAAUGGUGGAGUUGUAUCUCCACAACCUCAUAGCAGCUACUACAGUGGCAUGACAGGACCUCAGCAUCCAUUCUAUAAUCGACCAUUCUUUGCCCCAUAUAUGUACAUGCCAGGGUACUACCCUGGCAGUUCUCAUCACAUCUCACGUCCAUCACUAAAAACGGGUUUGUCCAGAGAUCAGAACAAUGGCCUAGAUGUUAUCAAGGAGGAUGCCGAUGAGGGGCUUUCUUCACCCACAGACCCCUCAAUGCUGUGUAAAUCUGGGUUAAACAAACAGAAACAGGGAACAGGAACAGUCACAGGAUCAGCCACUGGAGGAUCACAUGUGCCUUUGAGCUCAAUGAAUGUGGAAGCCGUAUGUGAGAAGCUGAAGCAGACAGAAGGGCUGGAUCAGAGUAUGCUACCUCAAUACUCUGCAACUAUAAGAAAGGCAAACAUAAACGGUCGUGUCUUGGCUCAAUGUAACAUCGAUGAACUGAAGCGAGAGAUGAACAUGAAUUUUGGUGACUGGCACCUGUUCAGAAGCACAGUACUCGAAAUGAGAAAUACAGAAAAUCAGGUUGUUCAUGAAGAUUCUCGUGCAGUGAGUGAACAUGUUACCAAUGUGAUUCCUCACAAUGAGCUUGUACAUCGUCCUGUGCAUAAUAGUGAAUUGCCUCACACUGAGCUUACAGGAAUUUCUGCUCAGGUUCCCUACGCUCUCAACUUCAGCUUUGAAGAACUGAACACAAUUGGUCUCGAUGAAGCUCCUCCACCUCACAGUAAUUUGAGCUGGCAGUCACAAACUCGCAGAACCCCAAGUCUUUCAAGUCUCAAUUCUCAAGAUUCUAGUGUAGAAAUCUCAAAGCUUACUGAUAAGGUGCAGGCAGAAUACAGAGAUGCAUAUAGAGAAUAUAUUGCUCAAAUGUCACAGCUAGAAGGAGGUGCAAGUUCUACCACUGUAAGUGGCAGAUCUUCCCCACAUAGCACCUCAGCUUUCUAUAUGGGGCAGAGCACAUCAGGGGGCUCCCUCCAUUCCAGUAUAGAACAAGAAAAAGGAAAGGAUGGUGAACAGAAACAAGAUGAUGGACGAAAGUCCUUUCUGAUGAAGAGGGGUGAUGUUGUAGAUUACAGUACUUCAGGUGUUUCCACUAAUGAUGCAUCUCCUUUGGACCCUAUCACUGAAGAAGAUGAAAAAUCUGAUCAGUCUGGUUCCAAGCUUCUUCCAGGAAAGAAAUCUUCAGAAAGAACAAGCAUUUUCCAGGCAGCAGAUUUAAAACUAAAAGGAGUUACUCUGCGCUAUCAGAAACUGCCAAGUGAUGAAGAUGAGUCUGGAACAGAAGAAUCAGAUAACACUCCACUUCUCAAGGAAGGAAAGGACAAGAAAAUUGAUGGGAAAGUGGACAAGCAAACAAAAUCCCCAGAACAUGGAUCUGAGCCUAUUAGAACCUUCAUCAAAGCAAAGGAGUACUUGACAGACGCCCUUUUAGACAAAAAGGAUUCCUCUGACUCUGGUGUGAGGUCCAGUGAAAGUUCUCCAAACCACUCCCUCCACAAUGAUGGAGCGGAUGAUUCACAGCUUGAAAAAGCAAAUCUCAUUGAGCUUGAAGAUGACAGCCACAGUGGAAAGAGAGGAAUUCCACACAGUCUGAGUGGCCUUCAAGAUCCAGUUGUGGCACGCAUGUCAAUUUGCUCGGAAGACAAGAAAAGCCCUUCAGAGAGCAGCUUAAUAGCAAGCAGUCCUGAAGAGAACUGGCUUGCUUGCCAGAAAGUCUAUAAUCUAAACAGAACACCUAGUACAGUCACCCUAAAUAAUAACAGUGCUCCAGCCAAUCGAGCUAAUCAAAAUUUUGAAGAAAUUGAAGAUAUCAGAGAUUCUUCUCAAAUCAUCCUGCGCCCUGGCUCCAGCUCCAACUCAACUGCAGUUCAGAAUGAGAACCUAAAAAGCGUGUCUCACAAGCGAAGCCAGCGUUCAAGUUAUACCAGGCUUUCGAAAGAUUCUUCAGAGCUCCAUGGUGUUACAGCCUCAGACGCUACAGGUUUUGGAGAAGAGAGAGAGAGUAUUCUGUGAAAGAAACAAACAAAAUUAAAACAGAGCAUGUCUGUAUGUCAUAAUUUUCUUUAAAUCCCUGGUUUGUCAGUUCAUGAUCAUGCUAGACACUUUUUAUCUCUUUCAGUAGCCUCCACUAACAAACCUGGAUUUUUUUCCAGGCAUUUUUUUUUUUUUGAAAGAAAAAAUAACCUACACAAUAAAAUAUUUCAUUACCCCUCCCCCUAAUUUAUACUGCUAGUAAAUAUAAUGCUCUUUUCCACAAAUGAAAGCAGUUCAUGUCUUUCUGCAUGGGAAUCAAAUUCCUUGACAAAGAAUUUUUGUGGAAAAGAUGUUUUAGGAUUAAGUAGGUCAGGAGUAUUUCAUAUAAAAGUAAAACAUAGACAUUAAAUGUCUGCUGCAAUGCACAAACUCACAUUUUGUUAUCCCUUCUAAAAAUUCCAAUUAAAUAGCUUACUUUUAGAAAAACAUUGUACCAUGUGUUGCCAUCUGAAUUUACAGAAGCCAGAAGACACAAUAUUAAAAUCCCUCAGGCCCUUGGUAACAUGAAAUUUCAUACUUUUCAUUAAUUAGUUGAUCUCCAAAAGUGUGUGCAACAUAUGAAAUAGAAUAUGUUGGUUAAGUAUUAAGAUACAUGAUUGGCAAACUGUACAUCUUUAUCACCUAAUUGCUUUUGUUUCUGGCAAUUUUAUUUGUGCAUUGUGCUGAUUUGUAGAGGACAUUGUCUGGAUAUAGUGUUAGAAUUAACAGAUAUUUAGUAUGUAAUGUUCUCUCGUUGAUUUAGUGAGUGCUCUAUUUAUUGUUGGUAUGUAAUUUCACAAGCGUUGCACUAAAUAGUUGUAACUCCUGUUACAUCAGGACAGUGUUUGCAAGUAUUGUCUGAAUUUAUGAAGUAUUGUUCUGUAUGCCCUUUCACUAAUAUAUUGUUUUUCACCUGGUUAUAGAAAGGAAAAAGUAAUAAGUGUUUGCCAUUUUAAAAGUAACAUUUAAAAAUCAGAAGUUCAGUGAUAAUAUAGUGUACCAGCUUUCUUAUGAUAGAGUAUUAAAUUGUUUGUGUUUCAGUCAGUUAAAUAAUGUAUCUGAAUGUCAUUGUAGCAAAUACUUUGUACUUUAGUGAAAUUUGCAUGAUUUUGGAAACUUGUUCAAUCAAAUGUACUCCAGUAGUAUAGAGGGAAUAAUAAAUAAAUUGGCAUAUUGCUUU